AUGUUGGCUUCAAAGCAAAAACGGUUCAGCUUCGCAUUCGUUUCGACAAGCGCGAUUCGCUGUUGUGCCGGCGCUCUUCUGCGUAAGGCGUUGAAUACAGCAAACAUUGUCGAAGGGCACAGCAGGACAACCGCUGACGCCGUCAUCGCUUUUGGAGCCCGGCUCCUCCUGAUUAAACGCUUGUCACUCGUGAAGUUCCUAAAAGCGUUCGCCCUCAAUGAUGUUUGCUUUUCAGGAUACGCGAUGGCCAGCGAUGUUAUAAAUCCGCUGUCCAAAACCUGGGUGCGUUUACAAAUUGAACCUGUCGAGGUGGCUACCGAUGAUGGCGGUAUCGUAUUCGCAUCAGUACAAUCCGUUGUGCCUGGAGCACAUGGUUUGUACUAUCGUCAGGACGGUCAACGUAGACCGCUAGAAUACGAUACAAACACAGGCAGGAUUCUAGCCCCAGCCAGUGGAUGGAACGCCCAAGAUAUUUACAUUCACCUUGCUCACGGUAGUAAACACGGGUCUCACUAUGCGGACUAUAGCAAAGCCUCACAGCAGUUCGAGAAGAACGUCUCUGCAGUACAAAAACUGAUUGCGGCUGCUGGUCUAACAUAUGGCUUGAAAGUACCACGUGCAGAAAAGACGACCCGCACUAGUUCACGAAGCAGAGGUGUAAAGAGCGGCUUUGAGGCUCAACCAGAGAACGUGCAUAUAAGCGAUGAGAGUGACAACAACACUGUGAACCAACUCGUCGAACAGAAGAACAGAGAGAUAGAAAAGCUGUUGGAUGCCAAUGAGGAGCUAAAGCUGAGGGUAAAAGAGCUCAAAAAGGAAUUACGCGAGGAGAUGCGCAACAAUAUCGAACUUCAACGAUCUCUAGGGAAAUCAGAGGAAAUAGAGACAGAUCAGCUCGUACAGUCCUCCACGGCACCUGGUGAGGAGAACGUAGAAAAGCAGGAAGAGGGUGAUGCUCUGGAAAAAGCGAAGUUGACAAUAUUAGAGAAAGAUGAAGAGCUCAAAAGAAAAGCAGAAGAAAUUGCUCAACUUCGUGCUCGACUAGGGGACGGUGAACAGGUGGUCGUACCACCAGAAGGAGGAGAUGAAAGAGUAGCUUCAUUGGAAAGGAAAAUAGCUGAAUUGAUGGACGAGAGGGCUCAGGUGAUUGAAGCUAUACAAGCCGAGCAACUUGCUGUAGUGAGUGAGAAGGAUGAACGCAUUUCUCAGCUUGUCCAGGAAGUCGAAACCGCUAAUAACGACCUCCGCGAUGCUAAAAAUCGAAUCCAAGAACUUGGAGAGAAAGAUGAGGAAAUCAACAAUCUCCAUAAUGUUAUCGCCGACCUCCGAGCGAAUCUUGCGACGACCAAAAAGGAGAAGGAAGAGAGCGAAUGGCAUCUUGGAGAACAUAAGGAGUGGCUGAGCAAUUCCAAGGAAAAAGUAGCAUAUCUUGAAAACCAGCUGAGUCUUUUGAGUAGCGACCCAGAAAGACUCGCUCCACCACCACCAGCCUCGCCGAAGUUACGCUCAGUAUCGGAUACCAUCGAUGAGUCAGCUAAGGCACAGAUCAGAUCGUUGGAGACGAAGUUGCAGUUGGCUAAUCAAUCGUUUAGGAACAGUGAAGCAGAACGACAGAAAUGCGAGCAGAUCAAUAGAGACACAAUGAAACGCAUUGUACAACUAGAGAAUGAGAAUGGCCGUCUUCAGGGAAUCAAUGAUGAAUUGACAACGAAGCUGCAAGAGUCUGCCAGUGUGCAGGUGCUAGAGGAGAAAGAUGCUCGCAUGCGUGACUUGGCCGACGAGCGUAGUCGUCUCCAGUGGAGAAUCGGCGAACUCAGCCAGUGGUGGAGCGACGCCAAGUGGAAAAUCGGAGAACUGGAAGCCGGUGUGGCUCAUCAACGACACUUGCUUGACACGGCAAACACAAAAAUCCAGAGCUUGAAUGAACAAACACCGCAAACCUCCACUACGUAUAUGAUGCCGUCAUACUCAGUUAGUCAUGCCUAUCCAGGACAGUGGCAACUUGCUAACAAUUGCUUCGCACCACCAACAAUCUCUGCACCAACGCCUUUCUACACAACACAUCUCACUCCAUAUGAAACGAAGAGAGUCAAGCUGGAAAUUGACAUCGGCUCCAACCAAGACGUCUUCGUUAUGGGCUCGUUCCUAAACUGGCAAUGUGCGUUGAAAUGUGAUCCAAUUGGAGAGGGAAGAAAAGGCGUGACUGUUGACUUACCCAGAGGAAGACACGAAUUCCGAUUCCUCGUCGACGGGAAGUGGGUAACAUCGUCUUUAUAUACGAAAGUACCGAACGGGUUCGGUGGAGACAACAAUCUGCUCUGGAUCGAGUAGUGAUCAAAACAGCUCCUCUUCUGGAUCGCAUCGUUACCGGCGACUACAUACUGUAAGCAACCAAUCCACGACCAUACUAUAAGUACUUGAUUGCAUCUGCUACUGUCAUCUGAACAAAGCUACCAGUCAGUAUCGUUGAACUGUUUAUCCUUUUUCUGUGGGUUAUAAAACACUGGUUUAUUUUGAGAUUUUAUAGAGCGUUGUGUGUAGGAUAUGUGUAGGUCAAUAAACGUUGCAAACAA